UUGCUGCAUAUAUUUUUAUAUUGUAACAUAUCGAUUGAGGUUAGCAGGUGUGUGCUCACGCUCUGCGUCUCAUGUUUACGAAUUUUUAUCAUGAAUAAGUUGUUAAUUAUUUUACUAUGUAUAUUUAUUUGUUGGUGCAAUUUAGUGAAUACCUACGCCUUGACCAAUCAACGAUCGGAGCAAGAAGAAAAUGAAGAACGCAUCGUGGUCAAACAGCUGGCCAAAAUGAUUCGCAACAGUCAAGAAAAUCUAAAAAAUCAGAGAGAGAAAGACGACUACGAUAGUGAAAAAGCGCAAUCCGAAGUAGACGGCACGAACGACGAAUAUAUUCCAGCUUUUAGCGAUUCGGAAUCGUCAUCGUUCGAAUACAAAAGCCCGCCUAUGGUAUUAGCCAACGAUGAAGUCGCAUCUAACAAACAACCAUUCGCAGUUCCACCUACCGACUAUAGAUAUUACGAAAAAGAUUUUUCUGAAGCGGCCGAACCUCUACAAGAGCCACCUUCGGUACCACAACAACAACAGCCUGCGGAUACGGCGCCUGUAACCCUUUCGCUAUCCAGCACAACAAACAGCAAGAAAGAACCACUCAACGAAACAGAAGAAGAAAUUCAAAGGAGAAAACUAUACGCUCACUUAACGUUAAAUCCGUCUUUCAUACCUUACGGUCAAGUGCAGUCACUUCGUCUUCCAGCUGGUGGAUAUUAUUAUAAUGAUAAAAAUGGAACGUAUUUCCUCGCGUUAAUAUAUGGAACUGUGUGCGCAAUUUUGGUGAUAACGUCCGGAGCAGCGUAUGUUUUUUACAGAAAACUUCGAAAAAACGUUAAAGAUGCCGAAGAUGUAGAUUAUCCAGCAUACGGAGUAACAGGACCAAGUAAAGAUGCGCCUGCUCCAACUGGUGACAGACAUUUAGCACAUUCCGCUCAAAUGUACCAUUAUCAACAUCAAAAGCAGCAAAUUAUCGCUAUGGAGAAAAAUUCAUCGCCUCAUAAAAUACGUAAAGGAACAGAAUCUGGAAGUGAAGAAGACGACAUGACUGUGUACGAGUGUCCCGGAUUAGCUCCUGUGACCGGAGAAAUGGAAGUAAAAAAUCCCAUGUUCCAAGACGAGGAAGAAGUGAAAAUAUCUACAACGGCUGCUAAAGAAUCGACCAAUCAAAAACAAACGUCGAAUUUAGAAGUGCGAAAAUCAUCUAAAUAAUUUCUCAACGUGCAUCUUCCAUCGCAGGCGAAACUCCAGCACGUUUUUGAAAUUAAAUUUUGUUUUUGACUACUUUUUUUCGCGUGACAUUUUGCCGCUGCUAAAACAAAAAAAAAAUGAAAAAAAUGAAAAAAAAAAUAUGAAAGCGACAAACACAAGUGAGAUCAGUAUGAAAAAAAAACAUCUACGUACCAAAGGACCAUAAUGUAUUAAGAAACGAUACUUCAGUGAGCUGAAUUUUACAUUUAAAUAGGUAGGUAGUUAGGUAAUUAUUAUUCGUAUUUUGGAGGAGAGGUUAAAUCAAAACAGAAUAUACGUAUACCUUAUACCUACCGAAUCUAUAUUUUAUAAUAUGCCGUUCGUUUUGUUGUAACUUUACGCAUUUAUACCUAUGUUUAAAAGUAUUUUUUUAUAUAAGGAUUAUCGUAUAAUCUUGCAUUAACAUCUUAUAUAUACUGUCGAGGUAAUUACCAUUUUUUUAAAAAGUACCUACAAUUAUUUUAUUUUUUUGUUAAAUAGAAACGUAUAAAAUGAUUGUGUUUACUAUACGAUUGGAAAGAACUAACCGUUGUCGGUAUAUGUACUGAUUAAUGCGUUGUUCCUUUUUCGUUACUCAAUAUUUUUUCUUUAUGUUUUUUUUUCUCUCUCUCUCUCUCCGUUACCCACGUUCAGUGCAAAGUUACCAGUCUGUAUACGUACAAAUACCUCUAGUUACAAUGCUUACCUAUCUUUCUAGUUUGUAAUUCUUUUUCUCUUCCAUGUACCUACUUAUUGGGGGUUUUCCAUUUUAAUGUACCUACUCUUUUAACCGGUUUUUAGAUUUUUAUUUCCACUCAUUAAUGCUACUUUUGCAAAUGACCGUAACGUCCAUAAACUAUUUUACCUACCUAUGUUGUUGUUACGAUUCAAUUUCGAUUUUUUCCCUUAAAGUAGGAUACUUUGAGUAGGUUAUUUUUUGUAGUGGGAAAUUUUUGGCACAAAUGAUUGUAUUUUUAUUCAUUAAUGCGUGAUUUUAAUCAUUUUUACCUAUGGUAUUAGGUACAUGAGGCGAAUGAAGUCGCACAAUAAGAGUAUAGAUGUGGAGGUGUUGUAUUAUUUCUUGCACAGUUCAUUUUUGCCAUCCCAUGCAAGAUUUCUAGUACAGCGGAAAUCGCUUAUAAUGAGAUCGGUUAGUACGAGAUUUCGGAUACAACGAGCAAAAUGCUUGGUCCCGAGCACAACACCAUUCAAACAUGUACAAUAUGGUACCUACCUGUUAGAACGAGCUCAUUUAUAACGAGGAAUCCGGAUAAUACGAGCUGAAAUUCUUGAAAUUUGGUUCGUUUUAUUGUUUUUUCUUUCGCUUAUAACGAGUGUUCAUGCAGAAAACAUUCUUUAGAUCCCAAAUUUCAGCUUCGUAGAUUAAUUUGGUAAAAUUUUGAAAUUCAUGACAGAUUUUGUGGCAUUUUUUGAAAAACAGAACUUUCUAAAAAGCUGUUGGAGGCUCUAGAACUGCUCAAAAACGAUUCAAAACUGUUUCCAAUCGAUUUAACAAGUCAAAAAUAGUAGUAACAUUGACAAUUUUUUUUUGCUACAUGUGUUACAAGCAUCAUUUAUAACGAGAAGAUCUUUAUAUCCGGUUAUUACAAGAUACUUGUUAUAAAUGCAAAACCUUUUAGUACGAGAGACCGGAUACAACGAGCGAAAUUUCCGGUCCCUUGAAUCUCGUUGUAAGCGAUUUCCACUGUAAUUGUAAUGAGGGAAUUGAAAAUUUAUUGGACCAUUCGUUGUACUUUUCAUCGCACCAAAGUUGUUUUUUAAAAAAAAAUCGAUUUCUGCGUGAAAUUGAUUUUUUGGUAUUUUUUUUUUCAUAAUGGAUGACGGUCAUCUCAAACUCUUCAGAUCCUGAAUACUAUUUUUUCAAAGUCUAAAAGAUCAAAUCAAUUAGGUAAAUAUUAGAUGUUUAUCAAUUUAUAUUAAAAAGCAGUGUUGCCAAUUCCAAAAAUUUAUCGUAUAGUUUUCCAAGGUUUUCUAAAAAAAUAUAUAUAUUUCAUUAGACUGAACAUGACUGAAAAUUCCAAAAAAAUUUCAACUUUGCGAGAUCAGAUCUCGAAAACAUGGACAUUGAAAAAAUCAAUUUCUUCGAAAUCUGGGUCUCGAAAAAUCAAGGUUGGUACGACGAAUGUUUUGAGAAUGGGGGGUUUUCAAAAGCGGGCCAUUGAAAGUCGAGGUUUUAAAAAUUAGGGUCCUAAAAAAUCAAGGUUCUCGAAAAUGUGACCUGUGAAAAACAAGAUCUUGAAAAUCAUGGUCUCGAUAUCGAGGUUUUGAAAAUCACGGUUUUAAGAAUCGGUGUCUUGAAAGUUGAGGUCUUGAAAAAAAUUAGGGUCCUAAAAUUCCAAGGGUCUUGAAAAUAAAAACUGAUCGAGAUUAAUGAAAUUUGAAAAAAUCAGAGUUUUGGAAAUCAAGGUUCGAAUCUCACAAAUUAUUAGGGUCCUAAAAAUCAAUCUUCUUGAAAAUGUAGGUUCUAAAAAUCAGAAUUUUCAAAAUCAUGUCUCGAUUUCAGGGUCUUAUAAAAAUAAAAAAAAGUAAUCGAGAUCCUUACAAACUGGAAAAAUUAAAUCCGAGUCGUGGAAACAAAUUGGUUUUGUGAUCAGGAUCUUAAAAAUCAGAGUUUUGUGAAAACCAAGGUUUUGAGAAUCGGUGUGUGCAAAAGCUAGAUCUUGAAAAAUCGGGGUAGAAAAAAUCGGUGACUUAAAAUUUUAAGAAUCCAAGGUCCUGAAAAAAAAUUUGGGUCAUGAAAAUGAAAAUUAAUCAAGAUUCUUGAAAGUUGAAGAGGUCAGUCGAGUCUUGGAAAUCAAGGUUCGGCGAAUCAGGACCUCAAAAAUCAGGGUGUUAAAAAUCAAGUUUCAUGUGGGUUCUGAAAAUCACGAUCUUCAAAAUCAUGUCCCAAUUCCAGGCUCUUAAUAAAAUGAAAUAUAGGUAGUCAAGCUUGGAAACCAUGGUUUUGUGAUCAGAAUCUUAAAAAUCAAUAUGUAUUUUGAAAAUCGGUAUCUAGAAAAGCGAGAUCUUGGAAAAUUGGUUUAUUAAAAAUCAGGAGAUUGAAAAAUCAGGAUCUUGAAAAUUAGGGCCAUGAAAAUCGAAAUUUUAGAAAUCGCAGUCCUAAGUAUCGAUAUUGCGAUUUUAAAAAUUAUAAAUAAUCAAGUUUCUUGAAUGUUGAAAAAAAAAUCCGAGUGUUGGAAAUCUAGUUUCUACCAAUCAGGAUUACAGAAAUCAGACUAUUGAAAAUCAAGGUUUUGAGAAUCAGUGUGCUGAGAACGGAUAUGGCUUUUAAAAUCAGGGGUUUCAAUUUUGAAUAGUUGAGAUCUUAAAAAUCAAAGAAAAAAAGCUUGAAAUUCCCUCACAAACAACACCCAAGACGAAAAAAUUCCCAAUAAUUCAAAAAAAACCAAAAAAAAAUCGACGAAUUAUCUCAAGAAUUUUUUUUGGGUGGGGUGAGAAAGGUUAUAAAUGCAGCAAAACGGAGUUGAAAAUGAUCAUGAUGUAAUCUAAAAACUCUUAAAUUUUUAAAAACUGAGCCUUGAUGAGAAGUGUGAUGAAAUGGUCCAAUCUCGAGUUGAAAAUUAAUAUUGGGAACUCGAUGUUCUAGUUUUUUUGAGCUCAUCAAAAAUUUCAAAUUGAAAUUGAAUUUUUUGGAUUCCCACCUUAAAAAACACAAAGGUUUCAAGCUAUGAUGGGGUACAGAUGUCAAAUAUUUUUCCUGGCGAUACAACAACCAAAAGUACACAAGUGUAAGUGAAACUGCAGACCUUGAAAAUCUGAAGGGGUGAAAAUACGAAUUUUUUAAAUAUUUCAGAUCUGAUUGGACUACAUAUUUCAAAAAAAAAAAAAAAAAAUCAAGGAGCAUGGAAAUUAAAUUUUUUAUGAUAGGUACUUCAAAAAUUCAAUAAUCAUAUUACUCGAUUUGUCUGUUUUCCCCUUAGCUUUAUCUCUAACUUAAACUUACCUACGUGCAAUUUGGGUUGCCUUAUUCGUCGGAAAAAUAUUCGAUACCUAUGCCAGAACAUCCGGUACAUUAUGUACCUAUAUGCAGAUGUGCAUUAGUGUGUUUUGUUCAUUUCCAGUUGAUCUGAAAAUAGGUUGUACAAAUUGCGAUGUUUUUUGAUAAGUUGGAUUUUUAAUCGUCAUAUUAUUAUUGCGAAUAAGCGACCGAUUUUGUAAUUUUUGAGCUUAUUUUUAAUGAAAAAAAAAAAAAAAAACUGUCGAAUCGAACGCAGCGUGUGAUAGAUAAUCAUUGUUAGAUGUACAAAGUUGGAAUAGUACAAGUAGUAAUUAGUUCGAGCUAGCGCGAUAAAAAUUUUUUUGUACAUGCUACGACAAUAAUGGCAGUACAACAUUAAAAAUACCCAUUAAGCAACAAUUUUUCAAUAAUUAUGCCUAUAUUCGCAAAUAUACAUGCAUACAUACACUAAACGAAACUUUUUAAAAGUGUUUGAGUCCUUACAAUAUUUACAUAAAUUUCAUGCUGUACAGUGCAAACCUGUGUAUGAAUUAUUCCAUUAGAUAGGUACUCUAUGCAAAUAAGUGUAGGUAGUAGGUAAAGGUAUAGUGUGGAAGCCUACUCUUACGUACCACGUACCAAAAUGCUUAAAUUAUUAUUUUAACCAUGUAUUUUGUUAUUUUAUUAUCAGUCAAUUGUGGUCUAAUAUUCGUUUGUUUUCUCCUUUUAUUCUCAGUUUUUUUCCAUCGAUGUUUUCUUCCCUUUUUUCCCCCUUUUUUUUUGUUUUGGUUUUUGUUACGAAGUGUACCGUGUAGGUACCUAUUCUUACGCACUUAUUUAUGUACCUAUUUCAGAUGAACUCUGUAUAUACCUAUACGUUUAUCAUUGUUUUCCCUGUUUUUUUUUUUCAAACGUGUGCGUACUCACCUCUCGUGCAUUUUCUGAUUUUUGAAAAUCUGCGUUUUCAAGUACCUACUAUACCUACAAUUUACCUUUUUAUCAGUUUGUCCGAAGAUUAAUCUAGCGGUAAUUUUUUAUGUAGCAUCUCAGGUUAGAAACUAAAAAGAAUUAGUUUUUCGUUUUUAUUUAUUUUACGCAAAAUUAUUCGCGAUCAUGGUUUUCUGUUUUUAAAAUCGCAUCCAUCUUUUCGGAUUGAACUUUUGUACUUGCCACAUACUUAUAUUACGUGUGUGUAAACUUUUUUCUUACAUUUUUCCUAUUAAAUUUUCUAUUAUGUAAAAUACGUCGUGUAAGUAAGUAAAACAAAAUAUACCUAUCUCCCUUGUGAAAUUUAAUACCUACCAAAUUAAAAUACCUACAAUCUGGAAUUAUUUCUAACGCGUCUUACUCGCAGAGUUACCAAAUUAUCUGCUUAUACGUUGACGAUAUGAUAUUUCCAAUGGUUUGAUUUUUUCGCCUAUCUACUUAUGUACUGUCCUUGUUAUACGGUUUUAGAUCAAAAACCAUUCGUUAAGAAAAAUGAAAAAAUUUACCUACCUACAUCGUCCGUAGGUCGACUUACAAAUCAACUCUGAACACGGUAUAUUUUAAAUUUCGUAAAGUGAAAUUACCCAACAACUAAUGGUAAUUUUUUAAUAAUUGAUAAAAGUAUUGGUUAACCUAUUAUACCUAGGUAUAGGCUUACCUAUCCUAUGUAAGUAAAUGUAUAUAACUAAAUAUAUAUACUUUUACAUUUACCCAUAUUCAUAUCAUCGAAAGUGGCGAAAUACAUACCUGCGUAUUGUAAUAAUCAAAUACCUAUUGAGUAACGUGUAAUUACCGUUCUUUUGUAUAAAUAUAUUUUUUUGGUGUUUUGA